GGAAGUAUUAAGCCUGUGCAGUUGCAUUUGAGGCAGCUCGUGAGCGGCAGCUGCAGGGAGGUGAAGCGUUGUAAUGGGGAGAGGGUUGCAGGGGGAGCCGGAUUUGAAAGGUAUAAUGUGUGUCGGUUACAGUCCCAGGGGAUUGUACUGGAGGAAGGAGAGGGGGGCAACUGUAAAGGAUACCGGGUUCCUAGACUCGAACUUUUCUGGCCAAAAGGCACCAUUAUGAUCCUGAUGGUAGUGGGAGGAGAUUGUGCAGAGACCGGAUGUGGGAGAAUACCAGAGGCAUGGGAGUGGGAAGCUACAUCUAUGGUGGUGUCGGGUUUUGCUGGGGAGGGGAAUUGAAGGCAACAUGGAGAAAAAUGGUAGAGAGAACCACAAUGGGCUCCCUGGUCACAGUGUCAAGACUCUACCCACCAUUGGGGAUGGUCCAAAACGGCUCCCUGUGCAUCAGCAGCAUCCUCAGAAUCGGGUACCUGGAGGUGGAGUUCAAGCACAGCGUAUUUUGUGUCCUUCAAAUUUGGCUCAGCGAGUUCCUGUACAGUCACAGAUUCAAAAAUCUGCGCUGUCAACCCAGAAACAGUCUCAAAACCAGCUGAUGCAGCAGCCUCGUCCAACUUCUCUAGUUCAACCAAUUUCUAGGCCUCAGGCUCCAAGUAAAAACAACGAGGAACCUCCACAGACCUCACUAUCUGCAAAAAACCUUGAAGCAGAAGGGACAUCCGUCCAGAAAAAUGAAGAAACAAAAAAAAGGCAGUGGUGUCUUGAUGACUUCGAAAUUGGCCGUCCUCUGGGGAAAGGAAAGUUUGGAAAUGUGUAUCUGGCUCGUGAAAAGCAAAGUAAAUUUAUCCUAGCGCUGAAGGUGUUGUUUAAAACACAGCUGGAGAAAGCGGGAGUAGAACAUCAGCUGCGGAGAGAAGUAGAAAUACAGUCUCAUCUUAGGCAUCCCAAUAUUCUCAGGCUAUAUGGCUACUUCCAUGAUGCCACAAGAGUCUACCUAAUUCUAGAAUAUGCACCUCGUGGAGAAGUCUACAAAGAGUUGCAGAAGCUAACCAAGUUUGAUGAGCAGAGAACUGCUACUUAUAUGACAGAAUUGGCAGAUGCUCUAUCAUACUGUCAUUCAAAGAGAGUGAUUCAUAGAGACAUCAAGCCAGAAAACUUGCUGCUUGGUUCUAACGGAGAGCUGAAGAUUGCUGACUUUGGAUGGUCUGUGCAUGCUCCAUCAUCUAGGAGGACAACUCUUUGUGGUACGCUUGACUACUUGCCUCCUGAAAUGAUUGAAGGGAGAACACAUGACGAAAAGGUGGAUCUCUGGAGCCUGGGCGUUCUGUGCUAUGAAUUUCUAGUAGGGAAACCUCCUUUUGAGGCAGAGACAUACCAGGAAACUUACAGAAGUAUUUCAAAGGUGGAAUUCAGAUUUCCUCCUUUUGUAACAGAGGGAGCUAAGGACUUAAUUGUAAAGCUCCUGAAGCAUAAUCCAUACCAGAGGCUGCCACUGAAAGACGUGCUGGCACACCCAUGGAUUACCACAAACUCUACAAAACAACCAAGCAGCCGGAAGAGUGAGGCUGCUACCAGUAAUAGAACGCCAUCUUAGCAAGGUGUCCCUUUCAUACUAUAAACAAUCUCAAAUGAACCAUAAACAAAGAGCCUUGUAACCAUGACUACUGUAAUGCAGCCAGUAAAGGUUGCUUGCAAGGAGACUUUAAUGAAAGACCUGCUAAUUAAAACAGACUGGGGGAGUGGGGAACAAUUCAGUUGUGUGAGCUAUUUACCAUUUUAAACUCUCUCCCAUUGUAAUGGAGAAAACUUUUUUAUAUAGAGAGAGAGAGCAGUUUGACAAGAAGUGCACUUAAAGAAGUAGGUAGAAUAUUAGCCAACAUACUUGAAGUCCAGUUUGCAUAUGGGUCAUAGGUAUCGAGAUGAGGCAAAGCUAAACAUUGUGUUCUUGCCAAGGGCCCCAUGAUGUGAUCAGUCUUAAUUUUUGGCUCAUGCUUCCUAACAGCAAGAGACAGUUGUGGUUCUGGGUAUCUGUCAUGGUCAAAUAGUGCAAUAAUAAAUCCUUGAGUUACCUGCAUUCUAAUUUAUUGGGCUGCUAAGGUUAUCACAAAUGUGCAGUGAUCUGAAGCUGAGUGAAAAAUGAAUGUGCCUCUCCAUAAAUGUGUCCUUAUAAUUGUGUGCAUUUCUUGCUUCUGUGUACUCUUUGGCCUGUUGUCUUGAGGGGUGAGGCACUUAAAAUUUGUUAAAUAAAGACUUGUUACAUUUUGA